AGUUGUAGCUCGCUUUCGACUUUUUGUAAAAAGAGAACGUUGACGAGCUUUCCCCCCCCGUUAUUUCCAAAAAUCCGGCGAAUGACAAAAACCUAAACCACCCCCUCUUUUCUCACAUCAAGGAAACGGACGAACAAAGUACUUACCAAUUCCCCUUAAAAAAGACUUUUUUUAUCAGCUCUUGUCUAAGUAGCUUCAUCAGUGCAGGAGCAGUGACGUUGUCCAUCCCCAAAGUGAUACACGCUGUACUACGCGAAACAAUUGCUACAAGCACCCAAGUCAUCAUGUCGGACCGUGAGUACCAAGACGAGUCAACAGCCCCGGCCACCGCUCGGGCCCUGCGAGGCCAGCGCUCGCGGAAGGUGUGUCAAAACCGGGGCCGCGCGCUCGCUUUGGCGACUGUCCUCGUGGGUGCGGCAGACGCGCACCGGAAAAGAAAAGGUUCGAGAAGCACGAAAGGCACCACCGGAGGCUCGAAUAAUAAACACAGUGCCAAGGCUGACCUUAUGCCAAUGAAAACUGCUGCAACUUGCAUGGCGACGGCUUUAUUGCUACUGAUAUUGUUAGAUAGCAUUGCUGGUACAAUUGCAUGAUCAUGUCGGGCUUCGUAUGAUACCAUAGUUGUACUACGUUGGUGAAGCUGAAGACUGAAAGAUUCUUCUUUUAUACUACUUCUCGACGUUCGCCUGCUUUGCGAAGAAGUGUUUUCAUCGGGAUAUCCCAGGACUCCGGCCUCGACGCCAGCGCAGCUGCCCCGGCAGAGCCUGAUAAAAAGCGAAAUAAAAGCAAAUCUAGUCGGCGCCGCAAAAGGAAGGAACGAAAGCAGGGGCGCGCCUCGCGAGGUGGUUCGAAGAAUUCCGACGCGGAUGCAGCGGCCGCUUUUGUCGAGCGGAGCCUGAUGACAGACGGUAUUGGCGCCUCGAUGGCCGCACUGGCGCGACAGCCGCGGAAAGUAGUGCGGAACGAGCGGCCGCUAGAUCCAGAAGAAGUGCGCAAAGCCGACUCGGUCGAAAACACCAGUGGACCGCCGCCGCACGCCGUUCCGGCUCCGGGUGAUGGUGGGGAUGCGGGCUCUCGACGUCCUGAAGAUGAUGCAAAAACGCAGGCUGCUGCUGGGAAGCAGAAAAGAAUCGAUUCAAGCACUGCAACCGCGGCUGCGAGCGAGGGCACGCCAGUGCAUCUGGGUGAAAAUAACUUGCUUUCAAGCGAGCCCCUUGCCUUUACCCAGGAGAAAGGUGCAGAAGAACUGAAAGAUCUGGCGGCUCAAGGUCGCGAGCCCGGCGGGGAGACGGCUGUUGCGGGUGGCCUGAACUACAAGAGUGGCUUUGGUUUCGGCGAGCGCACGGUCAAGAACGAGAUUGCCGCAAACGAGAAAGCCGCUGACGAGAUUGCCUCUGUGUCGCACUUUUCAAUGUCCCAUCACCUCCAGAAGGAUGCGCCGCAUUCCAUGCUACAAGCGGCAACGGAGAACGGGAGCGGGCUUGCACAGGACAGAAGUAGACGCCUUGUCCAGCCUGCGGCCUUGUCCAGCCUGCGGCCCGACGCGAAAUUAGUAUGGGCACUGAACGACGUGGAGGCAUUUGGGCAAGGUUAUAUUAUGGCGCUCUAUCUCAAUCAUGACGGGAAGGGGAACACGAACAAAAUCGGGUACGUUUACGCACAGGACCCGAGUACACCAGACCACUGGAAAGAAUUGGACGCACUUUCUACAGAGCAACUAAACAAAGCAACGGAGGUCGUCGAAGAGAUGUCCCGAGAGUACGAUCGUGAGAUGCUUCUACAAGAAAAAGGGGAGAUCGACGACAUAAUCAAGGGACAGCUUGGGUAUGACUGUAGUAUUCCUUUUCUGGAGUUUGUGCGUGAACAAAAAGUAGAUUCAGUUUCUUUCGCCCUACUCCAUCAUGUGUUCGGGCCAGUCAAGGAGCAAUUAUGCCGAGCCUGACUGGUCUGGGUAGGUGUCUUUUCUUGCGCAGUGGCAAAAGCACGCCAAACAUCAACAUCUUUAUCAGAAUCAUGCAAAUGCAAAAAAAAGGCACCAUUUCAUUUUGCCAUUUGAUCUUAAUGCCACAGCUGGACCCGGACCCGGAUGCGUACCGGACGGAGUCGUCGGAUACUCCUAUUUUUCAUCAUCAUUUGUGAUAGAUAGUUUUUUGCUCUUCCGCUUUCGGACGACCUUCGUGUGUUAUACACGAAGAAAAAAGAAAAUGAACAUGGCAAUACGGGUCAAGUCACUGAUAGAGAUUACACCUUUAUGCUUGAAAGUAAACUCCUUCUCCCUAGGCACCAAGCAGGUUUUUUCUCCCAGGUUUAGCUAGGCCGCCGCCGCUGCCGUCACGGGAUGGCUGCCGCCGCGUCCGUCUCUCCUUCGACGUACAUGCCACGGCUUCCGCUGCCUUCACCGGCUGCUCAAGGUCGAUCCGGAAGGGUUUAGUUUAGGUUUCAGGGUUUAGGCCACGCUUAAAUAAAGCAAACUCCUUCUCCCUUGGCUUCGCAAAUAAUUGUAAUUCCAUGACUUGGUAGGGUCCCCUGAAAGAAUCGAUAUCGAAAACGUUACAGGCGAUUGGAGCAAGAGAUCUCGGAUCCGGGAAACCGUAUCGCGAAGGAAUUUUGUACCCAUUUCACAUGAUAGGUGUCGCUUAGAGGAGGUACGGAAUGCCAACCUCUGUUUUAUGUUGGUCAAUAAGAUGAAAAAGUUACCAAUGUAUUUCUUACUAUUUCACUUUCUUUACGCUGUAAAAAAUUACUGACAGCACAUGUGAAAUGUGCAGGCGAGCAAUGGUGCGAUUCGAUGGAAUUGUUAUUGUAUCCAGAGCAGAAGUUUACGUUCUUGCUUUUAUGAUUUUCUCGCCCACCCUCCAGAGGCAAACAAACAUAUUGUUUUUAUGAUUUUCCUUUUUUUGGCAUUUUCCGGUCAUUUCGAACUCAUUGCGGGGUCGUGAAGCUUGGCAAUUUGUUUGUAGAUGCAUUCAGCUGCAGAAACGUGUGUGCUCUGGGUACAAGUUUCCACUCGACACCAGUGAACAAUCGGCAGGGCAGGAGCAUGUUCCCAAAUCUCAUCGAGGGUCAAAUUGACACGCUGUUAGACAUGAUGACAGACGAUCUGUGGAAGCUUUAUCUAGGAGCACCGCAAACUUUCGUACAUGUUCUCCGGGAUGCCGACGAGUUUCGAAGAUGGAAAGCACCAAUUACCGACGCACACGGCUCCGCCCAGCAACCACAUGCCUCCACUUUCAAGACAGACGCCAGGCAAUGGAUUAAAAAAUAUCUUCAUGCUGGAAUUUUUCGCGACGUCGAGCCAGCGGAUAGUAUUCAGCAGCGGACGAGCUAUCUGUUGCCGUUCCCGGACGGAGAUGCAGCACAGCGCACGGAAAACAGUCAGACCAUAUUUCACGUGUCCCGCCACGGAGCGCAGGGGGUGGAGAUGCAGAUUGUGAAAUACAACCCUAUGCGUUUCUCUUCGGGCGCAACCGCGACCGUCUACAAAGAUUUCGAGGCGUUGAGACUACUCCGCAAUACAGGUAGCGCAGACGGGACGGAGCUGCACUCGGAGGAUCCUGUCAAAGAGCGACUAGCGACAGGCCGUCUGGCAACGGAAGAAGUUCGUCAGGUCAUGAAGGUGAUCGAAUGCGGCCCUUUCGCAAGAAGUAGACCACAUCCCCCCCGUGGGGCUGAGGCCAACGGAAACAUCUUUCAUUGUCUACGGGAAAACGCGCACGAAAUUUUGAUGAACCUGCUGCUGGGCUACGGGAAUACAGACACAGCAAGAGGCGUUGCGAAGCUGCAGCGGGUGGUCGUCUCUUAUGCCCCAGAGGAAGAGCUGCCAAUUGAAGACAUCAGAAACAAUGGAGCAAGUGAGCUCCGCCGAAUCAGAGAUGAGGUGCUGCGACUUCCAGCUGGUGUUACUUUGGGUUCGCUGAAUCAGCGGGAACCUCUGGCUCUGGGCAACAUGCUACCGACCAAACGAAUUCGCUUCACCUAUUUUAUCGAGCAAGUGCACAUCUUCCCUGCUUUCCUCGACGAACAUAUCCUGCGUAAAAUUUUCGCCCUCUUGUCCAUGAUAGGCAAAUUUGUUUCUAAGAGAUGAGACGUUUGCCCAGCAUCGUGCUGCGUUUUUUGAUGUAAUGCAUAAAGAUCGCUGAACCUGCAGUUGCAGUAGCACUUUUAUUUUUUCGCUGGACCAUUGAUUAUCAUUAUCACGCUCGAAAUUCGAUGAGCGUUGGAGUCGCGCCCAUCGGGACCAGUAGUACUAGCAGGGAGGGGCUCAUUAUUUGAGGGCACGUACACGCUGUGUUGCUAUUUGCUGCACGACAUGACAACGAAAUAUGCGCGCUCUGGCAUCUGCGAAAUUGCUCUGCACACGCCGCGGGGCGGGAGCAGUUUUGCUUAUUGUGUAGGGGAACCGCACUAAUAAUUAUGGCGUAGAGGGGUCCGAAAAGGCCGGAAUGUAGCUCGGCUUAUAAUCAGCCCCAAGAGAACGAGAAAGGCAUAUGGCCGGAGCCGGAAGUAAAGCGAAUUUUUUUUCCAAAAGCAGCCAAGAAAUCUUCUUUCUCCAGGGCCAGGGGAAGGGAAAGUGUUCAGUUUUCCUCGGGGCCGCUGAACGCUUAUUACAUUGCGGAAAAAGGACUCGGAGACCUACGCCCGACUUCUGGCACAAGAAAAAAAAGACGAAGGAGAAAAUAUGAAAAGGGCGACGACAUUGAUGUGGGCACUGUUUUCCUGCUUUAAGUAAGCAAUUCCAAAAAUUGCUAUUCCUGCUCUAAGAUGCACACACCAAGGCUUUCAAUUUCAUUGGAGAUAAGAAGUAUCUACUAUUGGCUGUGUAGUGGGCACACUUUUACGCAGGAGAACAUUGCCGGAAGACCGGAGAAAGAAGAUGGUGGAAAAGGAAGUGAAACAUGGAGUGUGGCCGCAGGCGACACAAUACGUCAGAACGUUUCAUAAGAUUCUGGCUGACCUAGAUGCGGCUGGAUACGUGCUGAUUGAUCUGAAAGAAGUUAACAUGGGGUUUGCGUUGGACGAGAAGGACGAGGCUUUAUAUGGACAGCCGAAGUUGCUGGACUUCGGCCAGACGUGCCUCACUAACAGACGAGACCGCUGGGGAAAGGAGUUUUCGUUCCGGCAAGACGAAAAAGGAGAUUUUAUGCGAUUUGAGAAGAGCGUUGGAGACGUCGGCCCCUUGGACGUGGUCUUGGGAGAUGUUGACAUAGUCGACAAUAAUUAUGAUGCACAGGAACAAGAAAGCGGCGCCCCCGCGUGUCCCCUGUGCUCCGACAACACUCACGCCAAUUUACAGUUCUGGGGUGGCGACCGCAGAGGCGGGACAGCGGGGUACCUGAGUCCAGCUUUGACUGCUGCAUAUCAAAGAGAGCAACAAGCUAUACAACAAGCUAUAAAAGAACACAAGAUUUCCAACUCAGUGGAGCAUGCAGAAUAUAUGCGGAAGCAAGGCGGAAGAGGUGCGCCCUUAAAGAAGUCUGAGUGGCUUUCGCCCAGAUCCGAUUGGUUUGCUGCAAGUCGCGUUAUGCUGUCGCAACUCGGUUUCGACUGGUGGACAAGAGUUGUGCAUCCGCCUGGACAAGAGUUGUGGAACAUAGCCUAUUAUGAACAACAUACAGACCGCGGCGGGGAGAAAACAAUAUCAAGUUUACCUCCAGCACGCGUACAUUUUGACGAGGACGCCAAACAGCAGGCACUACAACAAAUGACAGUCUACUGGGAACAAGAGGAGCAGGAGGCCCUGCGCCAGCACUUAAGCCCAGCAGGAUUGUGGGAUCUAAUCUGCCGGCACAUCGUCUAUGCGCACGCACCUCUAUCAAGCAUAUCAUAUUGAAGAAUGCAAGUUAGGCACCCACUUCCACAUUGUAUCUGAAUUUCCUGGCUCCGUUAUUUUGUGCUCGAUUAUCGAUGAUAGUAUAAAAAUGCACGUCUAGUUUGUCUUCCAUAUCCGCCCUCACUUACAUCAUUUAGCAGGGUUGAGCUGCCUGCGACCGCCACACACGGCAGGUCAGUCUGAAGCCAAAGCACCUAUGACUCGCAACGCAUUGGAGCCCGUCGUGGUUUUGACAUUUAGUGCCUCGCCACGAGUUCCAAUGUCAUGAAUGAUCCUCCGGGAAGAGAUAUUGUGCGAACUUCCUCUUCGCGUGGUACCGCAACAGGGACUUGGCCUUGCCGUGUCUUUUCCCCCUGCCAGGCGCAGGUAGUUUCAUCUAUGUACAGAUAUUGCUUUGGAAGUUACUUCAUUAAAGAGCCGGUGUUGAAAAUCGUGAUCAACAGAGGUGGGUGUAAGCUCGCAUUUCUUUUCGAUACUGGAGAAGACGCAAGCACGCGCUCGGACAAGAAUGGCAGACGUUGCUUGGGAUAAUUUUCAUCCUGCCAAAACAUGAUACCGUCCAUAUGUACUUAGUUUUUGUUUCACUAGAGAUCGAUGAGAACGUUGUGAACUCUAUUGCAGGACAAGCACUAAUAUGAAGAUGAUGAUGAUGAUGAUGAUGCUUUACUAUCAUGCCGGAACCGUAAUCGAUUUGUUGAACUACAAAGCGUAAGCGAGUAUCAGUUCGUUGUGCAGGGCACCGGCCUGCCAUCGGAGACGAAAAUGAGCUGUGCUUGUUACGUGCAUACUUUUUGCAGGAGCCCAUUGGCCGCCUCUGGACGGUUGACGUAUUGCAACGACAUUUAGCGCGGCCUUCGUUCUCCUCGAGCCAUCCGGCGUCCUCGUCCUUCGCUCAGCUGCAAACGUCGACACACCCCACCAAUUCCACAGAACCAGACUCAUUCCUUCCUCGGCUUCGAGCUACAAGCGUAUUUUUGCAGAACCCAAGCGUGCCGGCUGUCGACGGUGAUGCCGUCGCUAAGUCUCAAAAAGAGGAGCAGCUCCUCCUCCACGAUGAACACGCUCUUUUUUCCCCGAAGAUUAAUACUGCAACGUCCACGGCCACUUCUGCUCCGCUCGCGCUGCGUCUCCCCGCCCCGCUGGAAACCGUAACCUCCGAGUUGGACGUCGACCAAAAGCAGCAGCAGAACGCGAGCCAACCGAAGAGCGCCGGCACGCGACCGUCUUCCGUUCUCCUGCAAACCGACACGGACGACCAGAAAGCGAGCAGUACAAGCUUUCUGCAGGGGGAGCAAAACACGAACAAUGAGUCAAGCACGGACAAGCUGAACGCGCCACCAGGCGGAGACAGACGACUGGUCGACGGCCGGGAAAAAUCAAAUACCGACGACCACACUACGACUACCUCCGUCGGGUCCCGUAAUCCACAGGCAACGCCAGCACUGCUCCCGCAGAAACAUGAAGAUGCUCCUCCGGUGGACCCCCUCCACCCAACGUUUUCAGCUGGCAGACGAGAGGGAACGACGACAAGCAACACCGGUGCGUUCACACAGCUGCAAUCUGGAGCGGUUCACACACAGCAAGGACCCGUCACGCAGCAAAUGACGCGGCAAAAUGCGACGGCGGGGGGUAGUUCAGUGUUUCACGAUGACAUGAUCAAGGAGCAAUCUGCUCCCGCUGCCGCGUUCCCCGAGCACGAAGGGGCUUUUUCUAAAUCAUGA